CGUGAUAUUCGCUAGUACGUCCUACGUUCAUUUUACUUAAGUUUAGUUUUUCUCGUUAAAUAAUUAUUUUCAUGUAUUAGUCGUAGCCGAUUAAGGUUUUUUAAAACAAAUAUAUAUACAAAUAUGUGUAGACAUGUUAUUUAUACUUAAAACGUCGAGUCGUGUAUUUAUGUUUUUACACCUAUAAUAGGGUUUGGCGUUAUGAAUAUUUUACGAAAAUAUUAUUAGUAUUCUUUGAACUAACAUACUUACAGCAAUGGCAAAAUUAGUUACCGACCCUUGUGGCAUAUUUUGUAUAAUAUUCACAUACUCGUCCAUAGUUUAUGCUGACUAUGUAGUUAUCAAAUGGGUUGUUCUGCACACUAUGCAAGAAAGUUUAUGGGCGCCAUUCCAUAUAGUGCUCUUUAACACGUUUUUGUUGUUGCUGAUGGUUUCUCAUUUAAGAGCGAUGUGUUCCGAUCCUGGAGUUGUACCAUUACCGCCCACUAAAGUUUCGUUGCCCGAAUUACGCCAAGUGAAAAAAGAAGAUUGGACAAUUUGCACGAGGUGUGAAACAUAUCGACCUCCGCGUGCCCACCACUGUCGAAUUUGCAAACGGUGUAUUAGGCGAAUGGACCACCAUUGUCCAUGGAUCAACAACUGCGUCGGGGAAAACAAUCAGAAAUAUUUUGUACAAUUUUUAUUCUUUGUGUGUGUCCUCUCGGUAUAUACAAUAAUGCUGGUCAUAAUGUCUUGGGUUCGCGAGUGCCGAGAAUGCAAAACUUACGAUAUAGACACAAGACAAACACAAGUCUUACAUUCAGUUCUUUUAAUCAUGGAAAGUACUUUGUUCGGCAUGUUUGUCAUAGCAAUUUUAUAUGAUCAAAUGGACGCUAUUUACAACGAUCAGACCAUUCUGGAACAAACUGUGUACAAACGACAAAAUCCAUUCUAUAGAUAUAUGUUUUCUUAUAUGUGUAGGUGGCCAAAAUUGUCGAGAAGUACAUCCAAGUCUAAUAUCCGUUCCGUGUAAUUUUAUUAGAGUUCGACAUUUAAAUAAUACAAUGCAAAAUAAGGAAUGUUGUAUAAACAGAAUUUUUUAAAUUGUUUACUAUUAGUUAUUAUUUACUUUAACUUAAUGAGAUAUGCCAGUACAUUUGUUAUGUUUUUGUAUGUUUAAUUAAAUAAUUAAUUAUGUAAAGCUCUUGCAUUAUUUUUAGUAAGAACUAAUAAAGUAUAAAAUCUUUUAUAUUAAAAGUAGUAUGCUUUCUAUUAUUUUUUUAAUCCAUGUCUAAUGUAUAAUUUUUAAUUUUUAAGUAAACCUCAUUAUAAAUUAUCUAAACGUAAAUGAAAAAAGGUCUUAUUA